GUGCUGGGAAGGGCGGUGGCUGCGGGGUGCGGUUCAUAACCACCCCGGCUCCUGCUUUGCCACAUCGCACCGAGGCUGUGCUGAGGACCGAGCCCCCUCCUUGCACCCCAGCCAUGCCCACGGAGACUGAACGCUGCAUCGAGUCCCUGCUAGCCGUCUUCCAGCGGUACGCAGGGCGUGAAGGGGACAACUGCACACUCUCCAAGAAGGAGUUCCUGGCCUUCAUGAACACUGAGCUGGCUGCCUUCACAAAGAACCAGAAGGACCCAGGUGUCGUGGACAGGAUGAUGAAGAAACUCGAUUUGAAUAGUGACGGGCAGCUGGAUUUCCAGGAGUUCCUGAACCUCAUCGGGGGCAUUGCAGUGGCCUGCCACAAUUCCCUGCUUGUUAACACCCCUCGCCCCUAGACCUGGCUCCUGUGUCUCCCCCACCACUGUGAACAUUCCUCAAAAAAGACCGAUGCAAAGCUGGAAGCAGUGCCCUUAAGAUGGGGACAUCCCCAGUCCUCAUUUUUAUGUAUAAAAUAAAAGGUUUAAAAUCCUAGCGUAAGGCAUGGUUUUAUUUCAGCAUCAUCAGUGAGGAGAAACCACUAGGAAAGCAGUCCAGCCACAAAGGGAGCAGGAUCUCUAGGACAUGCAUGUUCUCAUCCUUGUCACUGCCAGAAACUACAACCUGCCUGGCUUUGGAGAUCCUCCAGCCUGUUAAGUACCAUGGGGAAAGGUACAGUAAUACUAAAGGGUACAACUACACAAGGUAAAUGCAAAGACAGGAGCAUUACCAAUAAGGAUAAUUUGAGCACUGGCAACAGCAAUUACACAUUAAUAAUUGGCAGAAGCAGCCUCUGCUGGCAUGAUAAAUUAUUUCAGGACUACAGCCUCCAUUUUCUGGAAACUUCAAAACCCACCAAGUCUGGUAGCUUAAGAGCACAAAAG